ACAAUUAAUACAAUAUAUAUAUGUGUCUAUCUUGUGUGUAGACAAUUAAUACAAUAUCUAUGUGUCUAUCUUGUGUGUAGACAAUUAAUACAAUAUCUAUGUGUCUAUCUUGUGUGUAGACAAUUAAUACAAUAUAUAUGUGUCUAUCUUGUGUGUAGACAAUUAAUACAAUAUAUAUGUGUCUAUCUUGUGUGUAGACAAUUAAUACAAUAUCUAUGUGUCUAUCUUGAGUGUAGACAAUUAAUACAAUAUAUAUGUGUCUAUCUUGUGUGUAGACAAUUAAUACAAUAUAUAUGUGUCUAUCUUGUGUGUAGACAAUUAAUACAAUAUAUAUGUGUCUAUCUUGUGUGUAGACAAUUAAUACAAUAUAUAUGUGUCUAUCUUGUGUGUAGACAAUUAAUACAAUAUAUAUGUGUCUAUUUUGUGUGUAGACAAAUUAUACAAUAUAUAUGUGUUUAUCUUGUAUGUAGAAAAUAA